AUGAGCAGCAAGGCAAUUUGGAAGCCACCAAAAGCCAUCAGGGGAGGUAUUUCUGUCUGCUUUCCACAGUUUGGAAAUCUUGGUUCAUUGGAGCGACAUGGAUUUGCAAGGAACAAAUUGUGGUCAUUGGACAAUGAUCCUUCACCUCUGCCUCCAACAAACAAUCAGUCGUCAGUGGAUCUGAUAUUGAAGUCUACAGAAGAGGAUCUGAAAACCUGGCCUCGUAGCUUUGAGCUGCGGCUUCGUAUCACUCUCAGUGCUAGCAAGCUCAGUUUGAUAGCUCGUGUGAGAAAUACAGAUAACAAGCCCUUCUCCUUCACUUUUGCACUGCGUAACUACUUAUCUGUAUCAGAUAUCAGCGAAGUGCGAGUUGAGGGAUUGGAGACGCUUGAUUACUUAGAUAAUCUAAUGCACAGAGAAAGGUUCACUGAACAGGCAGAUGCGAUUACCUUUGAUGGCGAGGUUGACAGGGUAUAUUUGAGCACCCCCUCAAAGAUUGCUAUCAUAGACCAUGAGAAAAAAAGAACCUUUGUCAUGCGGAAAGAUGGCAUGCCCGAUGCAGCUAUGUGGAAUCCUUGGGACAGAAAGGCCAAGGCUCUCCCAGAUAUGGGGGAUGAAGACUACAAAAGCAUGUUGUGUGUGGAUUCUGCUUCCGUUGAAACCCCAGUUGUCUUAAAACCUUUUGAGGAGUGGAAGGGCUACCAAGAACUCUCUACUGUGUCAUCAAGUUAUUGCAGUGGCCAGUUGGAUCCUCGAAGGGUUCUCUAUGGCUUUCAAUGA